AUGAGCGCCGCGCUCUUCAGCCUGGACGGCCCGGCGCGCGGUGCGCCCUGGCCUGCGGAGCCUGCGGCUUUCUACGAGGCGGGCCGCUCGGGCAAGCCGGGCCGUGUUGCUGAGCCGGGAGGCCUUGCUGAGUUAGGCGCCGCCGCACCCGCCAUGUACGACGACGAAAGCGCCAUCGACUUCAGCGCCUACAUCGACUCCAUGGCUGCCGUGCCCACUCUGGAGUUGUGCCACGACGAGCUCUUCGCCGACCUCUUCAACAGUAACCACAAGGCAAGCGGCCUGGCGACCGCAGGCGGCCUUGAGCUGCUGCCCGGCGGCCCCGCGCGACCCCCGGGCCCAGCCGCGCGCCCGCUCAAGCGCGAGCCAGACUGGAGCGACGGCGACGCACCUGGCUCGCUGUUGCCCGCGCAGGUGGCCGCGUGCGCGCAGACCGUCGUGAGCCUGGUAGCGGCCGCGCAACCUACACCGCCCGCGUCCCCCGAGCCGCAGCGAGGCAGCCCCGGGCCUCCCGCGCCAGCCCGCGACAAGGGCGCCGGCAAGAGGGGUCCUGACCGUGGCAGUCCGGAGUACCGGCAACGGCGCGAGCGCAACAACAUAGCGGUGCGCAAGAGCCGCGAUAAGGCCAAGCGGCGCAAUCAGGAGAUGCAGCAGAAGCUGGUGGAGCUGUCCGCCGAGAACGAAAAACUGCAGCGGCGCGUGGAGCAGCUCACGCGGGACCUGGCCGGCCUGCGGCAGUUCUUCAAGCAGCUGCCCGGCGCGCCCUUCCUCUCGGCCGGGGCCAAUGAUGGCCGGUGA